CUUCGCAGUCCCUACUACCAAUCCAGACUUUACAGUCCCCACUGCCAACCCCACUAUAUCCCAUGGCGUCUAUCCAGUACUUCCCCCACCAAAGCAUCAUCGCGCUCCAACACAAUCGGGACAUCCGGUAUAAUCCGAAUAUGGAUGGCGGAUCACUCAGAUGCUACGCCCCGCAGUACUACCACGCCCAAGACACUGUGACUCACAUGCUCACCCUACCCACACCGCUCGUUUCCAUCCCCACGUCGCAGCCCGCCCGGCGCACCGUGACACGUUUCGAAGAAGUCUGCAAAGUUCGACGUGAAAUUGUGGAAGAGGACGUCCAUGUGUUGGAAGUGACGGAUGAUCGUGUAUGGAGUACUGGGUGCGCAAGAUGGUGGACGCAGACCGAGCUGAAGUGGAAUGGACAUGUCGAGCACCCCGAGAGCUGCGAGAGGAGCAGCAUUGUGCGGGAGGCGGCGUAUCAGCACACGUUGAAUUUAGGGAAUGAGAAAAGAAGCAUGAAGACGCGUUGAUCAGCAUAUUAGUCUCAGUCGUACCCAGAAGCCGAACAUGUCCACCCCUCUAUCACCCAGCGCCCUCCUAAAGGCACAUUCGCAGCAAGCAAUUCCCGACCAUCAAGCCCC